GUGGGUUAAAUUACUGCAGAACGCAUGCUGAAGUGAGUUUGAACACAUUUCAAUGAUUUAUUAACAUUGUUAGCAAGUGUUUAAGUUGGCUAAGUGUUUAAUAGUUAGAAAGAUACUGUAAACUUCCCACUCCCUUAAAAUUAUAUUAUAUAGUCAUUUCAUUACUUACUAUAUACAUACUUUUCAUUUUUACACUUUACUCUAUUUUUACAGUUGUUAGGUCUUAAUUUAGAGGUACUUGAGUGCUCAUAAACAGGAGUAUACAUGCUCUCAGAACUCUUUAUAUUCUUCAUGUGCAUGCUUUCCCAAACAGAGAAUGAGUGAGUGAGACUAAUAGAAAAAAGAGAGAGAGAAAGAACGAGAGGUGUGUGUGUAAACACACAGUGCACGCCUCCUUCUUAAAGUGUGGGACUGAGUGGAUGUGGAGCAGCAGCAGCACCUUCACAAUGCCAGUGUUCAGCUUCAGCUCCUUCACCAUGUCCAGAUGUGUGCGGAUGUUGUCCCUGCUGCUGUGCCUGUUGGUCAGCUUCAGCAUGGCACAGCGCUCUACACAGAUACGCAGUUCCCCACCAAGAACACGUGAAGUCCACUGGGAAAACAACGGCCACCUGUUCAGCUUGAGGAGCACACUGUCUGAAUACUAUAUGCCUUCAACAUUGAGGAGGACCUCACCAGUGUUCGUCUCCAGAUACACCAUCCUGAAGUCCCAAAGAAGACACACACAAAGAGGACCAGCACAACCUGGAGUCUCUACUCUGUCUCAACAGUUUGGUAUAGCAGUGUCCAGGAGCCAUCAGCAUUUUCUCAACACAUCUCAACAAACACAGACCACGAGAAGUGCUUUGGAGGUCAAAUCUCCGACACCAACUUCUCAAACUCUGUCAAACUCACCAAAUACUACAUCUGGACCAGUCCAUGGACAUACCAAAACUACCACUGGAUCUACAGCAGCCAUGGCAGCUGAUGAACAAAGACAGUCAGCCAGCAGAUCUUCUUCUGUUACACUCACAGCAACAGCAAAUAACACAGCAAAUUCCAAUUCUCAGGUUAACCCACGACGAAUAAGUGACAGUGGGAUGGAGAAUGGACUCAAUUACAAUGGAGAAAGUAGAAAUUCAGUGUUCUAUGAUCUAAAUCCAUCAGCAGGGAGGCAGCAGAACCGAGGAUCUGGUUAUGGUACUCGGUAUUUCCAUCAUGGUCUGCCUGACCUCGUCCCUGAUCCACACUACAUCCAAGCUGUGAUGUACAUCCAGCAUGUGCAGAUGUACGCACUGCGCUGUGCAGCUGAGGAAAACUGCCUGUCCCGCUCUGCUUACAGGCCAAGCAUGCGUGACCUUGACUUCAGAGUUCUUCUCCGGUUUCCCCAGCGGGUCAAAAAUCAAGGCACUGCAGACUUCCUUCCUGUAAAACCACGGCAUCAGUGGGAAUGGCACAGCUGCCACCAACAUUACCACAGCAUGGAGGCCUUUAGCAGCUACGACCUUCUAGAUGCUUCCACAGGCCGAAAGGUGGCUGAGGGACACAAAGCAAGUUUCUGUCUGGAGGACACCAGCUGUGAUCCAGGUGUUCGGCGGAGAUACACCUGCACUGCUCACACACAAGGUUUAGGUCCUGGCUGUUAUGAUACCUACCAUGCCAACAUUGACUGUCAGUGGAUCGACAUUACAGAUGUUUCUCCUGGAGACUACGUCUUGAAGGUGACAGUGAACCCCAGUUUCCAAGUACAGGAGUCUGAUUUCUCCAACAAUGUGGUGCGAUGUGAUAUCAGAUACACCGGGUCUCAUGUACAAGCCCACAACUGCAGAAUUACAGGGUUUUGAUCCAGUCUGUCUCAGCAAUGUGUUGAACAUAAUGAAUUACUUUUAUUUUAUUCUGAAACAGAAAUAUGUCAUGGAAAUGUUCUGUUCUGAACUCAAAUAAAAUCAAGUUACUUUUACUGUCACAUCCCUUCAACACACUUCAAAAAGUGUAAACGUAAGAGAAAUUGGGGUGUGUUGUCCCUGGUAGUAAUAAAUACAAUAUAUACACAGAAUAAAGUAUACAGAAUAUAUGGAUUAAGCUCCACUAUACAAGCACUAUUAAACUGCUCCAUUUAUACACACUGAAUUAUAUGUCAUUAAGAGCUAUUAGAAGUAUACAGAUAUUACAGAUGUUUCAAUAUUGAUAAUUAUUUAUGUUUGUUGUUUUGCACUCUGUAUGUUUUUUAAGUAAAAUACAU